UCUGCCCGGCGAAAUUGCAACACUUCCCGAGAUGUACAAGCGAGGAUCGGAAAGACUUCCGUGCACCGACUCGGGAGCCCGGGACUGGGGGUCAGAAACUUCCUAAAGCGCUAUGGGCUGCGCCUCCUCCAGUGUCAAGACCACCCGAGCCGCGCUCACUGCGGGAGACGGACAGACACAAGUGUUGCUGCACCCUCCUCCCGCUCCUAACCCGGCCCCGCCGGGCGACCCGGGCUUGGCGUGGGACCGGGCGAAGGCGGACGAGGAGACCGGGGAGGUGUUCAGCCAGUCCAGGUCACCGCCGGCCCAGGGCACCGCCGACCCCAGCCCUCGAGAUAACGGCAACAUUAAUAACAAGACUUUGGGAGAAGAGGACUGUGGUUUGAGGGAGAUUGACUCAGUUUCUGCACUACGGGAGCAAUCGAUCAGCAAGGUUACAGUGGUAGUUCAGGAGGAUGGGAGUGAUCCAACACAGGCAGAAGCAACCAGACCCCCCGACUCUGAACUGCAAGAUCUGACGCUAUAUUGUGAGGAAGACCUGCUGAUGAGACAUGAAGAUGGUUCAUUGCCACAGGUGAUCGACACCUGUAGCUUGCCCAGUGACCUGGGCCUUCCGGUUAUAAUCGAUAAUGGCAGUGGGCUGAUAAAAGCCGGACUCUCAGGAAAUCAUUCUCCAGCUUUCGUUUUCCCAAGUGUGGUUGGAAGGCCAAAGAACACAUCAAUGAAUAUCUUUGGAUCCUCUGGAAGAGAAACGUAUGUCGGAGAGGAAGCCCAAAGGAAACGCAGCAUUCUUCAAUUAAUUUAUCCAAUUCAGAAUGGACUGAUCACACAUUGGACAGAAAUGGAAGUCCUCUGGGGGCACACGUUUGAAAACGAACUGCGUCUUGACGUUGAGAACCAUCCAGUUGUUAUGACGGAGCCAGUGAACAACCCCCAGAAGAACAGGGAGAAAACAACUGAGAUUCUUUUUGAAGCAUUUCAAGUUCCGUCUCUACUCUUGGGGAUCCAGGCAGUGCUGGCUUUACACUCCACUGGCAGAGUUUCUGGGACAGUCAUUGAUUCAGGGUCUGCUGUGACACAUGUGGUGCCUAUUUUUGAAGGAGGUGCUUUGAGCAACGUUGCCCAGCGCGUGUUCCUGGGAGGAGAGGACUUGACGGAACACUUGAUGAGAUCCUUGGCUGAAAACAACAGCUGGUCAUUCACUUCCAAAGCUGGCCUAGAUAUUAUCAGAAAUAUCAAGGAGAAAUUUUGCUACGUGGCCCUGGAUUUUGAAACAGAGCUCCAGAACUUCAAGAAUAAUCCAGAUGCAAUAAAGGAAGAAUAUGAGCUUCCAGACGGGCAAAAUAUGAUCAUCACAAACCAGAAAUUCAGCUGUCCUGAAGUCAUGUUCAAGCCAUUUUUAAUAGGCAAGGACAUUCAGAACUUGCCCUCAUUGGCACAUUCUGUGAUUGAGCAUUGUAAAGAAGAUAUCUGCGAUGACAUGUACGCCAACAUUGUCCUAGCUGGUGGUAAUACAAUGUUCAGAAACAUGGGAGAGAGAAUUCAACAGGAAAUAUCAGACCUUGUAAAACCAGGAAAGAAGGUGAAGGUUCUUGCACCUUCCGACAGGAAGUACCUUUCAUGGAAAGGAGCAUCCAUUUUGGCAGGUCUCUCCACUUUCCACCACAUGUGUAUAGCACGCCAAGAUUUUGAAGAGUAUGGAGCGACUGCUUUGUACAGGAAAUUAGUUUAGCAACAGAUGAAAAUGCAAAUCCAAAAAUCUGUUGUAAACAAGUUAUUCACCGGUUUCUUUUUGUUGUGCCAGCACAGCCAGCAUUUAAUAUUAUUACACAUCUUUAGAUUGGCAACAGCAAAUGCCACUGGAACUAUUCAACAUCUCACUGGCUGAGAUUUGGCCAUCAGCUAGUUCAGAGUUGUAUCAUAUUUAUAACUUGGGAUCAGCUGUAUCAUUAACAGCUCAAGUAUUUUCACUCGACCGCCAGUGCUGGAGCCUGCAUUUACACCAGUGCACAAUUUAAAAUCCCAUUCUACCUCUAACUUUAUACCAAACUCUAACUUAUACGGGCUCCUCCACUUAUUUGUAGACUAUUGAAAGUAUAUUCAUGAGAUAUAGGAAUGAACAACAUUCAAAAUUAAACAAAGGGACUCCUUCCCAGACUCCCACCUAUUUCUUCUCUGACCUGAAAUGUUACCUCUACAUGGUCUCCAGCGGUGCCAUCUGAUUUGCUGUGUUACUCCAGCACUUUGUGUUCCUUAUUUCUACAUUCAAAAUGAAACCACCGGAAUACUACUUUUUCCCCCCACAAUUUGAGACAUCUUAGAAGUUUAACAGUUUAUGACUGUUCUGUACUUGGUAUUUGUAACUAUAGACACUCCAAAUCUCAGGACCAUAAACAUAUCUGUCUCUGUUCAAACUUAUACAUAGAAACAUAGAAAAUAGGUGCAGGAGGAGGCCAUUCGGCCCUUCGAGCCAGCACCGCCAUCCAUUGUGAUCAUGGCUGAUCGUCCCCAAUCAAUAACCCAUGCCUGCCUUCUCCCUUGAUUAUAGAAACAUACAAUUCUGUACACAAACUAAAAACUUACCUUCAAAUCAAUGUGUAACUGUGUGGCUUUUUGAUGGAGGAGGGUUACUCAAAUUACUGACCAGCAGAAAUGGACUAGUAAUGGGAGUUUAAAGUCUUAGUUUUCUAACAUGCAGUAUUUACAGCUAACAGAGUUCAGAGUAAAUUUUGUUUCCACAGGUAUGUGGCUAACAUAGAAUCUUAAUCUGAGCUAAUGGCAAUUGCAAGAAAACUAGUUUGGAACAAGACAUUGUGAUAAUAUAAAUUCCUCAGAUUUGCUCUAUAUUACAGGUUUCAGAAUGCUUUAGUAACUGAGACCAAGCAGGUGCUAUUACCAUUCCCUGCAAAGCUUCAGAAUAAUUGAGCAUAUUUCCAGAGUCUGUAACUAGAAACUGAUGUUGAGUGAAUUAUGACAGAUCAGGAUGUUUAGGCCACAGGCUUGUAAUUGAAGUGGAAAACUGGCAUCCAUAUCUAUUCAAAUUUCAAUUAAAAGUCAUUCAAUUAAAAUAGGAAGGAAUAAGUCCUUCUAAUUAUUUUGAAUUUCACAAUUCUGGAUAGGCUGGGACUAUUUUCUUUGGUGUACGAGGCUGAGGGGUGACCUAUUGAGGUGUACAAUAUCUGAGGGGCAUGGAAUGUUCAGUCCUUUUCGCCCCAGAGUAGAGAAUUUAAAACUAGAGCACAUAAGUUCCAGGUGAGAGGGGAGAGAUUUAAGAGGAUCCUCAGGGGGCAACUUUCUUCACUCAGAUGGUAUACGACUCAGUUCCUAUCUGGACUGGGCUGCCAAAUAGAAGUCUGUAGGGAGGAACUGCAGAUGCUCUUUUAUAUCGUAGACACAAAGUGCUGGAGGGCACAUAAUGCUGAAAGUCGCAAAAUGGGUGACGUUUCGGGUCGAGUCUGAAGAAGGGUCUCGACCCGAAACGUUACCCAUUCCUUCUAUCCAGGUGGCUGUCUGUCCCGCUGAGUUACUCCAGAAUUUUGUUUAUCUUCAAGCUAUAGAAGUAGAUCCAAUUACGGCUUUUAAAAGACAUUUGGACAGAUAUGGCUAGGAAGGGUUUAGAGGGAUUUGUAUCUAUGUCAGGCAAAUGGGACAAGUCCAGAAUACUAACUUGGCCAGUGUGGACAAGGUGGGCCAAGGGCUGUACAGCUCUAUAAUUCUAUUCUGCAACAUAGCACCAUUUCAAAACCUUAUUAGUUUCCAAAUUCAAGCUUACUGAAAGACAAUGUGCAGCUUUGAGCAAGAAUAGAAAUGAAUGAAAUACUACCCCCGGCACAAGACAGCUGGGAGACAAUCAUUGUAAAGGCUGCGCAUCAAU